GUCACAGCUCGAUCCACUUCCUCGCGGCACCCGGCUCGACGCGCCCUGAGCCCUCACCGACCAUGUUCUUCCUCAAACUGCUCACGCAGGACCUGAUCAUGCACCCGUCCUACUUCAACCAGGCUCUGCGCGGUCACCUGUCGAACGAGCUGCGGCGACAAGUCGAAGGAUCGUGCUCGGGCCGGCUCGGCUACGUCGUCGCCGUCAUCAACGAGGAGACCGAGGACGGCUCGUGGCGAGGGCGCAUCAUGGAAGACGGCCAGGCCGUUUUCUCGCUCAAGUACCGCGCCGUCGUGUACCGGCCGUUCCGAGGCGAGGUCGUCGACGGCGUCGUCUCGAGCGUCAACAAGAUGGGCAUCUUUGUCGACGUCGGCCCGGUCCAGUGCUUCAUCUCGACUCACCUCGUCCCGCCCGACUUCAGCUUCGACCCCAACUCGAACCCGCCGUGCUUCUCGAGCUCGGAAGACACGUUGACGAUCCAGAAGGGCACCAAGAUCCGGUUGAAGAUUGUCGGCACCCGAGUCGACGCGACCGAGAUUUUCUGCAUCGGCACGAUCAAGGAGGACUACCUCGGCCCGCUCGGCUGAGCAGCGCUCGACCACACCGUGUCCGCCCAGGAGCCGCCACCGCCGCCGUCAGUCCAAGGUCGUCGAGGGCUCGCUCGUCGUCGUCAUGUUGUACCUACCUUUGCCCGCGCAAGUUUCCCUUCUCCCUCGCUCUCCCUCUCUCAGUCGUCCACGUUCCCCAAAACCCUCGCGAGGUUCAAGCCGGCCCGCGCCCUAGAUACCUCCCUCGGCCUGUGCAACCGCAGAAUGAUUGCCGC